GCAAAAUCUUCUGUUUCAGUCCUCUUAAGCAAAUCCUUUUCUUCGACCAUCUUAACGAAAACAACAAAGACAUUUGUCACACGACUUCAUUCACAAAAUGCCUGACAUCCCCUGGAGAUCCGGAACCGGCUACGACCACCGCGAGUAUACAGUCAACGGUACUCCUCUGGUCGGCGAGGUCCAGAAGACCCUCUACGAUGACCCGGGAGAUUCAGGCCAAAGCUUAAAAGCAAUCACCAAUAUCAACUCUGAUGGAUAUUACUGGAACCAGGUUACGUCUCACAAAAAUGGGGGUACCGGCGAGAACAAGAUCACGGUGUCAUAUACUACCGAGCUGAAGGUGACUGUUGGCACUGAGAAGGAACUGAAUGCAAACCUUGGUCUCGAAUUCCAAGGUCUCAGUGUUGGAAUUGGAGCUUCUACCAAGACAUUUUCCCAGACCGAGACGACCAACAGCAAGACCUAUACUACUGAGAUCACCGUUCCACCCAAAACGACUGCUUAUCUCUACCAGAAGGUAUACCGGUUCAAGACGUGGAUGUGGUUCAUCAAUAAUGCGUGGGCUGAACUGAGUCGGGUUGGCGGUUGGUACAACUACUCGCCUACCCAUGUGGAUGGAUAUGUUGAGAUUCAUGCUAUGGAGUGGUUCUGCAGUCCAACUGAAUUGACUGGAUCGGGUACCGUGUCUGCCGACAUUAUUACUAGCCAAGUCGACUUCAAGUGGACCAGGCAAUUCAACAACACGACAGAGAAGUGCCAGGAAUAUCUCCAGAGUCACAAUGCUACGAUUCCUAGUAGCUAGAUGCGUUGCGUUUGUGGUCAGAUGCCUCAACAUGGGUUUUUAUCCUCUCGAGGUUUUCCCCAUGUUAUGAUGCGAAUGCAGAGGUGUCCUAUUAUUACAGUACCUAGGUUCAACUUCCUUUGAUGAAUUGUAUGCUUGAUGGAUUGAA